AUGGUGUGGGAAAACCAGACCUUCAACUCCAUCUUCAUCCUGCUGGGAAUCUUCAAUCACAGCCCCACCCAUACCUUCCUUUUUUCUCUGGUCCUGGGCAUCUUCUCAUUGGCCUUCAUGGAAAAUAUUGCCAUGGUUCUCCUCAUCUACAUAGAGAAACAGCUCCACACCCCCAUGUACUUCCUCCUCAGUCAACUGUCCCUCAUGGACCUCAUGCUCAUCUGCACCACUCUACCCAAGAUGAUCUUCAGCUACUUGUCUGGGAAGAAAUCUAUCUCUCUGGCAGGUUGUGGAACUCAGAUAUUCUUCUAUGUGUCCCUGCUUGGAGCUGAAAGUUUCUUGUUGGCUGUCAUGGCUUAUGACCGCUAUGUGGCUAUAUGUCACCCUCUUCAGUACACCAUCCUCAUGAAUCCAAACUGUGUCUUCAUGACUGUUGCUUCCUGGACCUUGGGGUCCCUUGAUGGGAUUAUAGUGCUUGCAGCUGUCCUGUCAUUUUCUUACUGCAGCUCUCUGGAAAUUCAUCACUUUUUCUGUGAUGUUGCUGCCCUUUUACCUCUAUCCUGCACAGAAACAUCUGCAUUUGAAAGACUACUUUUCAUUUGUUGUGUGGUAAUGCUAAUCUUUCCAGUUUCAGUUAUCAUACUUUCCUAUUCCCGUGUCCUUUGAACCGUCAUCCACAUGGGCUCUGGGGAAAGUCGUCGCAAGGCCUUCACUACCUGCUCCUCCCACCUGUCUGUGGUCGGACUCUACUACGGUGCUGCUAUGUUCAUGUACAUGAGACCAGCUUCUAAACAUAUGCCAGACCAGGACAAGAUGGUGUCGGCCUUCUACACUAUUCUCACCCCUAUGCUGAACCCUCUCAUUUACAGCCUCCGCAACAAAGAAGUCUUCAGGGCACUACAGAAGGUACUGAAGAAAAGAAAGUUAAUAUGA